UUUCUCAUCUUUUCUCCUCAGGUCAGUGACAGACCCCAGAGACGGCAAACGAGUGGCCCUCAAAAAGAUGCCCAAUGUCUUCCAAAACCUCGUCUCCUGCAAGAGGGUUUUCCGCGAGCUGAAGAUGCUUUGUUUCUUCAAGCACGAUAAUGUGCUGUCAGCUCUGGAUAUUCUGCAGCCUCCACACAUCGACUACUUUGAGGAAAUUUAUGUGGUGACGGAGUUGAUGCAGAGUGACCUCCAUAAGAUCAUCGUCUCUCCACAGCCCCUGAGCUCUGACCACGUCAAAGUCUUUCUCUACCAGAUCCUCCGAGGACUGAAGUAUCUACACUCAGCUGGCAUUUUGCACAGAGACAUUAAACCUGGUAACCUGUUGGUCAACAGCAACUGUGUGCUUAAGAUUUGUGACUUUGGCCUGGCAAGAGUGGAGGAGCUGGACGAGUCGCGUCACAUGACCCAGGAGGUGGUGACGCAGUACUACAGAGCGCCAGAGAUCCUGAUGGGGAGCAGGCACUAUUCCAACGCCAUCGACAUCUGGUCUGUGGGCUGCAUCUUUGCCGAGCUGCUUGGCCGACGAAUCCUCUUCCAGGCUCAGAGUCCCAUCCAACAGCUGGACUUGAUCACAGAUCUGCUGGGGACUCCGUCUCUGGAGGCCAUGAGGACGGCGUGUGAGGGGGCCAGAGCUCACAUCCUGAGAGGACCACAUAAACAGCCCUCACUUCCUGUCCUGUACACCCUGUCCAGUCAAGCAACCCAUGAGGCUGUUCACCUCCUCUGCAGGAUGCUGGUCUUUGACCCAUCGAAGCGGAUCUCUGCAAAAGAUGCACUGGCACACCCAUAUCUGGACGAGGGGCGUCUGCGGUACCACACCUGCAUGUGCAAAUGCUGCUACACCACUUCCUCUGGCCGCGUCUACACCAGUGACUUUGAGCCUGUCACUAACCCCAAGUUUGAUGACGGCUUUGAGAAAAACCUGACGUCAGUUCGGCAGGUCAAAGAGAUCAUUCAUCAGUUCAUCCUGGAGCAGCAGAAGGGGAAUCGGGUACCGCUCUGUAUCAACCCCCAAUCAGCUGCCUUCAAAAGCUUUAUCAGCUCAACAGUAGCUCAGCCCUCUGAGAUGCCUCCAUCUCCUCUAGUUUGGGAGUAGCUGAGGACGGCGGAGAAGAUGGCGUUGAUAACAGUGGUGGUGGACAUCCCUCCGGCAGCCCGUCCCGCACCCACCCCUCGCCCUCCUGGACUACUGACCCCCAGACAUCCCCAAAACCUGCGUAGCAUUUCACUGGAAUCUAGGACUAGCCAUGUCGCUGAUGUGUGUGUGUGCAUACUGUAAUACUUACUAAAUGGAGUUUUAUAGAAGCAACCACUGCUGAUGAGUUCAAGCGGGACACGGGACGGGUGGGCAUGGUCACGGGGGGUCCGUUCGUUCAUACCCACUGCUCUGUAGUAGUAUACUAAAGGUUCGUGAAGGGUACGAACCUGUACUUUCGGCAGACGAAGUCGAGCCCUGUGGACUUGAAUGUAUUUUGAACAGCAGGGCGGCAGAAUCUGUGCAGUAUCCCUGAAGGAAAACUCAUCACGACUAUGUGUGCAAGUAAUCAUGCUUUAUUUAUUCAUGGAAACAGGAAGUGCAGUGCUUCAUGUAGUAUGGAAAGAAGGCAAGUUCCUCUGAAUCUGUCUUUCGUUCACGCUAGAACCAGGGUCGAAAAAACACUGUCCUCAUUAGUAGCCUAUUCAUUAGGCCCAUCCAUAUCAAUUUGUUCCAGGCCUUGUGAAUUUAGGUGACGGCCCUCAUGAAAGGUGCGGUCACAUUAACUGCUGCUCGGAAUUUUGAGGGCAAAAUCCAGUUGUUUCAGGAUUCUGUGCGGUUUGUGUGCGGGCGAAAAUAUUCCUGAUGUUCAAGUUGGUCACAUGAAUUUGCUGCACCAACUGACAGAAAGCUGCUUAGUUUAGAAGUACAGUACUUUGGUGUGUGAGCUGUGCUUAAUACAUCAUUACGCUAUUGACGAAAAUCGGCAGCAAAAUUGAAAUAUCACUAGUGUGACUGCACCUUAACAACUGUGACCACUCGUUUGGCUAGAGUGAGCUGCUCAUUGCGUUUUUUGCCUUCUACGGCGGUGUGAUUUUUACGACUUUCUUCCAUUUUUGCUGUCAUCUACACUCUUCCUUUCUUUCUCUGUCGAUCUAUCUUUGUUCGUAUCUCGCUUUCCGUCUCAUAUUCAACUUUCGUCAGUAAAAAAAAUCAGUAUUCCUUAGCACUUGGCAGAGAUACUGAUCCGUAGGCUUCUCUUAGUACUCCUGAAUGUGGAUGUGUUGUGUCAGUAUUUAGUGCUUUGGGUGGGUGACUGAACGGCACAGUGACU